AUGGGUGCUCGAAAAUCGAAAGAAGAUUUUGAAUCUGUCUCCAGUGCAGCUGCAUCUAAUACAACUGUUACAACAACAGUGCCAUCAACACGUCAGCGUAUAGCUCAAAAUUAUUUGUUGGUUUGGAUCGAUGCAAGUAUCGAUGAAACCAAAAAGAAUUGUCAAAAUAUGUUGACACAACUCCGGGCUGUGAUCAACGAUGUGACUAUAUGCACUCAAUCAGACCAAUGUAUACAGUUUCUCGACAAGUUCAAGGAUGAAAAAGCUUUCGUCAUUACAUCGGGAUCCUUAGGUGAACAUUUGGUUCCUGAAAUCCAUGACAUGCCAGAAUUAUAUGCUAUUUACAUAUUUUGUAACAACACAUCUUCUCAUCAACUAUGGACUAAGGAUUGGAAUAAAAUUAAGGGUGUUUAUAAUAAUAUCAAGGACAUUUGCGAAGCAUUAAAGACAAGUGUCAAACAAGUCAAUCAGAAUUCAAUUCCUAUUAGCUUUGUUACGACGAAUGAAACGGUGUCCAGUGAAAAUCUAAAUCAAUUGGAACCAACUUAUAUGUACACGCAAAUAUUCAAGGAGAUUCUCUUUGAAAUGGAACAUGAUUACAAUCAAGCCAUCAAGACGUUAACGGUUUAUUGUUGCCAGUUUUAUCAGGGCAAUAUAGCUCAAUUAAAUAUUAUUAAUGAAUUUAAACUUAAUUAUCGCCGAGAACAAGCAAUCUGGUGGUAUACACGUGAGUGUUUUACCUAUCAAAUGCUCAAUCGAGUACUUCGAACAUUAGAGACUGAUACAAUUAUUAAUAUGGGAUUUUUUAUACGUGAUCUUCAUCAACAACUUCAGCAACUACAUGAACAGCAACUUCCAAGUUAUGGUGGUGAGCCUUUUACAGUUUAUCGAGGACAAGGUUUGCUAAAAACAGAUUUCGAUAAACUCAAGAAAACAGAGGGUGGUCUCAUAUCUUUCAAUAACUUUUUAUCUACCAGUACGAAACGAGAUGUUUCUUACCAAUUCGCCAAGGGUGCCUUAGGAAAUACCGACAUGGUGGGAAUACUUUUUAUAAUGACUAUUGAUCCUCGCGUUUCAUCAACACCAUUUGCUUCUAUUAAUGAGAUUAGUUAUUUCAAGGCAGAAGAAGAAGAAAUUCUGUUCUCUAUGCACACCGUAUUCCGAGUAGGUGCAAUAAAACAAAUGGAAAAUAAUGAUCGAUUUUAUCAAGUGGAACUUCAACUAACUGCUGAUGAUGAUGAACAACUUCAGCGACUGACUAAAUGUAUAAGUAAAGAGACUGAAGGUGGUUCAGGAUGGCAACGAUUAGGUGACUUAUUACUCAAAACAGGCCACUUCGAUAAGGCUGACGAAUUAUACAAGACACUACUUGAACAUGCAUCGAGCGAGAGUGAUAAAGCACUUUAUUAUAACAAUUUUGGAUAUGUCAAAUAUCGUCACGGUGAUUAUGAACAGGCUAUUGAGUAUUACAGAACAGCACUUGGAAUCUGGGAAAAAACUCUUUCUGUAAAUCAUCCUAAUUUGGCUGUUUCAUACAGUAACAUUGGUGGUGUGUAUGAUAGCAUGGGAGAGUAUGAAAAAGCACUUUCAUUUUACGAAAAAUCACUUGCAAUUCGAGAAAAAACACUUCCUGCAGAACAUCCUUCGUUGGCUACUUCUUACAACAACCUCGGUAGUAUAUAUAAUAACAUGAAAGAAUAUUUGAAAGCACUUUCAUUUUAUGAAAAAGCACUUGAAAUCUUUGAAAAAACUCUUCCUGAAAAUCAUCCUUCGUUGGCUAUUUCUUAUGACAACGUCGGGGAGGUAUAUAGACAAAUUGGAAAGUACGAAAAAGCUCUUUCAUUUUACGAAACAGCACUUGAAAUCUUUAGAAAAACUCUUCCUAUAAAUCAUCCUUCGUUGGCUAUUACUUAUAACAAUAUUGCGUUGAUGUAUGAUAACAUGGGAGAGUACUCAAAAGCACUUUCAUUUUAUGAAAAAGCACUUGGAAUAUGGAGAAAAACUCUUCAUGAAAAUCAUCCUUUGUUGGCUACUUCCUAUAACAACCUCGGCAUUCUGUAUCAUAACAUGAAAGAAUAUUCGGAAGCACUCUCAUAUUUUGAACGUGCUUUCAACAUACGGAAAGUUUCAUUACCACCAAAUCAUCCUGAUCUUAACAAUGUAAAACAAUCGAUUGAAAUUGUAAAAAAAGAAUUAUAA